AUGGCGCCGGAGGCCACCGGCGAUGACGGCAGCCUCGGCUCCGCCAUGGAGCCGGCUGCGCAGAGCAAGCCUAGGAAGCGGAAGAAGUCCAGGCCGCCGCGACCGCCACCGCCGUCGUCCAUGGAGGGCAAGCCCACGAAGUGGAAGAAGGUCGCGUCCUCCAGCACGGCUGCCGGGCCCGCGACUCCCUCGCCGCCGAGCGGCGGCGACAGCUCCGGCGACGGUCAGCAGCAGCGCGGGAAGCCGAGGGUCGUGUGGAGUGAAGAACUGCACGACAUUUUUCUGAAAGCCUACAGCAUCCUCGGGGAAGAUGCUGUGCCCAAGAAAAUACUGGCCUUGAUGAACGUUGAUGGAAUUACUAGAGAGAAUGUCGCGAGCCACCUUCAGAAGUACCGAUUGAGCCUGAAGCAGGAGGAGAAGCGCAUCCCUGACAACGAAGGAGGAGACGAACGGCCGACCCUUCACGCAGAAGCUUUUUCCUCUCAAACGCCUUUGCCUACUACUCCGCCUCAAGCUCAAGCUCAAGCUCAAGAACCGGCUCCGGAUCCGUCCUCGCUGCACGCGCACACCCUUCCUCCUCAACCACAAGCACCCUUCGCGGAUCUUAGCGUGUCGUCCCAGCUGCAGGUAGGGCAGCAUCAUGGCCAGCAGCUACUACUCCAGACACCACCAGCUGAUUGCUUUGGCGUCAACACUACCGCAACGGACUGGCUCCUUGGUCCGGGGGGAGUUCCCAUGGCGCAGCCGAUCCAGCAGCAGCGCGUUGCGCCGCCCCCGGAGGCCACCGUCGCGGCGCGGCGGGAGCUCUUCAAAAAACAAGAAGAAGCGGCGCGGCAGGCUGAGAUGGCCAGCAUGAUGAGGUACGAAGAGGCGGAGGAGAUAGCUAUGGCGGCACAGCUGGGGACGGCCACCGAAGGUGAAGACGGGCAAGGUCUGGUUGCAGCUGAGAUGGGCGCCAAAGCAGGAGAUGGACAAGGGCUCCCUGCCGAACCAGAAGCAGCUGAGAUGGCCGCCGCCGGACCUGAAGAGGGACAAGGGCGAGGUGGCGAACCAGCAGGAGCUGCUCCCGCUGGCUCCGGGAGUCCGCCUGGCAGCAGCAGCAUCCAUGAACGAUACUGGAAGAUCGACGACGCCGAGGUUUCAUGGGACUUCGGAUUCCUUUGGUACAAGACCGGUUAG